AUGGCGGACGCAUGGCCGAUCUUCCCCUCGCACCAUUGGGUGUUGGGCGCACCGCCUCUCCCCUUGGCCUCCUGGAUGCUGCGUGGGCUUUGCCUGAGCCUGUUGCUGGGCCCAAGCCGCGGCACUUUCGCAACACACCGCCGCAUGCAGGAGGAUGAGAUCCCCGAAGUCGACUUCGACAUGUCGCCAUCGGAUCGCUUCCGGACGGGAGUUUGGGAGAUUGUGACCGGCUACUUCUACAUCCGAGGACCGUUUCAGCUGAACUCCCUGGGAGAUGUCGCCUUCGCCACGAAGGAGAUGCUGGCAGGUGUGUGUGACACCCGGCUUCCAACCAGCGUCAUUGCAAGGCAAGAUAUCCUCACGCUGAACCAGCCACAGGUCGGCCUGAACAUGACCUUCUAUAUCCUGGCGCCGACGGGCUGGGCUCACUACUGCGUGGCAACGCUCCGCUUCGUGGGGUACGGCCCCAGCGAGGGGCCCUUCGACGACAACUUCGAGGCCCCACCGAUCCGGCCAUUGAUGGAGGCAGCCCUUUCGCAAUACACAACGCUGGACACAGAGCAGAUGGACUACUGGGCUCUUGAGGUUGGGAACGUGCUGUGCCGCGAAACCCUGGUGGGCCACGGCAUGGAGGAUGCUCCACCCCUGCUGCUGGAGCGUUCGACGAUGCCAAACCGCUGGGACGGCCGCGAAGAGCCAUCUCCCUGCGGUCCUUUGGAAGAGGCUAUCCAGGUGAAGUGGAGUCCGGCCUCCGCUGUCAAGUAUCCCUGGGAGGAGAAGCCGUGUCUGGCAGCACCCACUCCAUGCAUCUGCGCAUCAAUCCGGACUUGCCGUUACCUUCCCCACUCUUCUGGCGGGAAGCGCUGUGCCCAAGGCUGGGAGACGUCGAACGACUUCACGCGAGUGACUUGCGAGGACUGCCCCUACCAGGCCGACUGCCCGCCAACCUGCAAGGACGCCUACACGCCCUGCAUGUGUGUUUGGUGGAACUGCACAUGGGAUGUUGGUCGCAGCGUCUGCGAGCCGCCGGCCACGGACGCAGCACCCCUCUCCUGCCUGCUGUGCGCCAGGCAGCCGCACUGCCUGGGCUUGGAAGUGGAAGAAGUGCGCCCGGAAAGUUGGUCUCUUUUGGGGGAUGACGAUGUGGGAUGGUUCAUCAACGUCACCUUUAACAGGCACAUCAUCUUCGGGCCGCUGAUGCAGACAACCGAGCAAGCGAUUCACAUGAGCUGCCAAAGCGAAGCAGAAGCCGGCAUGGUGCCGCCUGUGUUCGUCCGCUUUGACCUUGCAGCUCAAGACCUGACCAUUGUGCAGGACACGCUCUUCUUGGAUGCUCGAAAGGUGCCCAAUCCACUUCGCAUGAGAUUUUGUGAGCUCAAGAUUCUGGAGGGCGCGGUGGUGGACGCGUACUGGAUUCCGAUGGCGGCUUCCUGGGGCUCCCCUGUCUUUCUUUUGGGAGACACCGUGGCUCCGACGCUUGGCACCUGGACGCCUGAGAACUCGGCUCGGGACAUUCCGCUCCACGUACAGGUCGAACUCCAGUUCAGCGAGGAAGUCAGCCUGGGGCUGUCGAACCGGUCGGUGUCUGUGCUGACGAUGGGCAGCUACGGUGAGGAGGGCCCGGCCGAUGAGCUGGUGGCCAGCUUGCCUGCCGGAUCCCCGCGGCUCCGCUUCGACUCCCGGGCCCUGCGGGUGGACUUGGCCGGCCUUUUGAGCCAUGAUGUGCUGUACUCCGUCGGCCUGGACCCGGGCUUGGUCCAGGACAAGGCGGGCAACUCCUUUGCUGGUCUGCCUGUCGGCAUCUACGCUUUCAGAACGGUCCCGGCCCCCUAUGAAGGGGUGAGCCUGUGGGACCCAACGCCAGUGGCCGGCACCACCACGGCGAUCGCCCUUGCAGUCCUUGUGGGCCUGGCCGGGGUCAUCGGCCUACUGGCUUGGUGCAAGUCCCGAAGUGCACGGUCAGGCAACAAAGUGGCACCCGAGGAGCUGGGAUGCCAGGAGGAUCUGCCAGAGUGGCAUGGAGAGGAGGUGAAGGAGCUACAGCUACAGCAGCUGCAAGACUUGCCCACAUGCGUGGAUACCUUCGGCGGCAUCAUGGAGGACCUGCGCUCUGUGCAUGCGUGCACCAGCGAGAAAGCCAAGCAGCAGGACGUGCAAGCUGUGACUUUCCAGCCGCAGCCGGACGAGAGCUACUACGAGACCUUCUGCACAGAAGAACUGGCUGGAGACAGCACAGUCUUGGAGCCAGAUCUUACCAUUGUCCACAAGGCCAGGCCCACGAGCGCCAGUAGCCAGCGAGUAGGCGAGGAAGCACAGGAGGAGGCCGCGGCGAAUGCCCCGGAGGUCUACGAGUACUACGCCUUCCCACCGCCCUGGUCCGCAGAUGACCUCGCCUGUCCACCCUCGUCCCCGUCCCGCCCUAGGCCGCCUCCAUCCGAACCGCAGCUCUUGGAGCUUCCGGCCCUGGAAGGCACGUCCCCGACUGAAGCGCAGGUGCUGGCCAUCAGCGACCAGCCGGAGAUCCGUCGCAUGGACAGCAUGAGCCCGAGCGCGCGCGUCAGGGGAGCGCCCCCGCAAUCCCCGAGCAGGAGCUCCAGGAAGAGACCGGCCUCGGCCACCCAGGCGAGCAAGGAGGUCAUCCGGAGCCUCCACGAAAGCCUCCGCAGCGCCAAGCCAAAGCCGCGGCUUCGAAGGCCUCAGAGCGCCCCAUCGCAGCGGAUGCAGGAAAGGCUGAUGCAGAGCGGCGCCAUCGUCUUCAGGGAAGCCGACAAGAGGUUGCCCUCCUACAGCACAGGCUUCCUCGAUGAGCAGCGCAAAAGCAGGCCGCAGAGCGCGGCCCAUAGUCGUCCGCAGAGCGCGGCCCAAAGUCGGUUGGCGAUCGGACCACUUGGCGACGCCAGUCCGGUUGGCCGGCAACUGCUGCGAACCCGCAGCCACGGCAGCCACGGUCAGAAUUCCAUCGGCCCACGACUCUCCAGACCCACUAGCGCAGUGGCUCCCAUCACACGGAGUGGCACACACGAUCUCCUGCUUCUCGCAGACGAAGCCCCAAGCCCUACUGGCCCUACUGGUCCUAGCGGCCCUAGCUGCGAUGGCAGCGUGCCAGACAUGGUGUUGGAGAUGGCUCCUGACGGUCGCGAUCGGCUGCGCCUUUUGGGCCUGGGUGAAGAGAUGCCGCCGCUACGCAUCAUUCGCGACCACAGCCCGAGCCUAAGGACUCCGCGUCCGAUUCCCGAAGACGAGCACACCCGAAGGUCUGAGGACGUGCACAGCCCUCAUGACUUCGAGCAAGAUGGGCAAGCGUCCGCGGAUGCAGAGGAGUCUCCCGCAGCUCCGGGUCUUGAUCUUCCAAGUGCGUCGUCUGAGGAAAGUGGGAGCGAGAGCAGCGAGGAGUUGAGGCACGGCAUUGGCAUGCCCUGGGCCUGGCAGGAUGGCGCCUUCUUGAAGCAUCAGGAGCAGCUCUUCAAAGAUCCCAGCACGGAGCGCAUCUACCAGAAGCCGAAGCGGCGCAAUCAGGACGAGGGCUGCAGCUCCCCUUUGGCCCGGCGACACCGUGCCCUGGGCAUCCGCAGCCGUUCGUCCUUGGUGGACACGGAGCGUGGUGGCGACACUGUGGCUGAGCAUGUGACAUGUGCCCGCUGGGCUGUUUUAUCACAAAGGCUACGAUUGUUUGUCUUCAUGGCCAUGAGUGCAGCCAAGAAGGGAAACCCCGCAGUACACAGGCCAGAUGGGGUCAACGUUGGGGGAUGGUUCUGCCUAGAAGACUGGUUCUACUCCCAGUCUCGUGGCCAUCAGGCUGGGCACCUUGUUGCAACACGAAAUCCGGAGUACAACAAAGCCACCUCCUCGCUGGACGUGGGAUGCUUUGUCGGGCACGUGGGUACGUUGUUCCCGCAGCUGAGUCAGGAGGAGCUGGGGACGCUGGGGCGUCAGCAUUUCGGCUGCGAGUCGGACUUAGUCAACCUCCUGCUGGGGAGCGGCUACGAGGAAGAGCGGAUUCUCAGCUUGUUCUGGCAGCAUCGGAGCAGCUACGUCACACCCCUGGACUUCGCUCAGAUCCGCGCGUUUGGGAUAAGGAAGGUGCGACUUCCCAUCACCUGGUGCAUCAGCUAUGAUACCUCCUACGUCAUCAAAGGACGUGCCUUCGAUGGCGGCAGCAAAGAGACGGCCAUCAAACCUGGAGAUGGCAUCGUGGAGGAUCCCUUCGAGAACGAUCCUGCCUUUGACCCAAAGGGGCUCAAAAGGCCUUCGGAUAAGUGGAUAUGCAUCCCAAUUCAUGCCCUGGAGCAGAUCCUGGAAACAGCGGCAGACUUCGGCAUCGAAGUCCUCCUGGACCUUCAUGCUUUUCCCGGCGGGUCGAGCGCGGGGACGUUCAAUGGUGUCUGGCCUCUGAACCCCAGGUUCUGGACCGCCCACUCGAAGGAGAACUUCAAGACCAUCGUUGGUCGCCUUCUCGACUGGAUGGAUGCUCUCAGCCGCUCCAACCGGAAGGCCUUUGCCGGGCUUUAUGGGCUCUCGCCCAUGAACGAGCCUGCGCACCUCCGAGGCCUUUUCGAUCCCCAAGGAGCAGCUUGCCCCAUUCCCUACAAGGAGGCUUCCAAUCAGCCUGACUCUCAGAACUGGGCUGCCAAUGUGUCCACAGCCGAGAUCCUGGCAACCCUGGCAUUGGGCGUUGACGAGUUUCGGAAGCGCCCAUCCUUGCGCAUCGGGAAGAAGAUGCUGCUGAUGAAUGUCAUCGAGACAGCCUUUGCUGGAGCAUUUCGAGCGGAGGACGUCGGAGCCUUCGCAGCCAGCCAGAAGGGAGAGACGGGCUCAGUGACAGCGUCCAUCGGGGCCUGGUGGCGUGGCAUCACUACCCUGGAAGAGCGAAAGUCUUGGGCAGUCCUGGACAUUCACAACUACAUAGCCUGGGACCCGCGGGCCAAGGAAUUCCAGGACAUUGGCACCCUGGAGCAGCAGCAGGGUCUACUGGAGCAGAUGAGCUUGCCCUUCUUUCGGCAGCUGAGGGAACGCGUUCAGAUGCCCGAGCCGCAGCUUCUGGCUUGCUCGGAGUACAGUGCCAGCACCAACCAGGACACCUUUCUGUCCACCACGAGUGGUGUGGGAAAACGCCCAUUCCGACUCCCAGCUGCGAUCACCUGGCUUCAGCUCCGAGACGCCUUCUUGCGCUUUCAAAACAAGGCCGCCCGGGAAGAGCGGAUCCAGAUGUGGUUCUGGACCUACCACAUCCGCAAGAACCUCAACUACCAAGGCGAGUGGUCUCUGCUGCACGCCUUGUCGCCCUUGCAGCGCUUCGUGGCACGGUUGGCUACGGGCACCCACAUGGCCCAAGGAGAGUUGGCCCUUGCUUGUUUGAGGUUCCGGCGUGCAAAAUUGCCCUCAAACAGCAUUCGAGGGCAUUCCGCGACGGCAGCUAUUAAUACAUUCUAG